GACCGUUGUCAACAAGGACAACGACUUCCGCUCUUCCAGUCCGUCGGAUGAACGCAAAAAACGACCAAUAAAUAAACGGAACUCGACGACUCACCAGCUACACGUACGCUUCGGCUCUCGUGUCAGAAGCUCAGAUCCAUUUCCGGCUCCCCCAACUGUAUCUUCCUCCAUACUCCUCUCUCUCUGUCUACAUUUUCCCACUCUUCACUUUUCCCGCAUUUCACUUUUCCUGUUUACCAAACACACACCCCUCUCUCUCUCUGUCUCUCUCUCUCUCUCUCUGACUCUCACUUUCUCUCUCUAGGAAAGCUAAAGCUUGGUGGUUGGGUCAGCCUCCAUUUCGUUAUCAUCAACUCCUCCUUCGAGUCCGCUCUCUCUGCAACCAAAUCAAACUGUCGGUGGUGGGAUCGGACUUCGUUGAUGGUUUCUCUCUCAUAAAAUUUCUCUCUCUAAUUACCGCAAUUUCUAUAGAGAAAUAGAAAUUUCAGCUCCUCUGCAUUUUCUGGUAUUGGGAUUUUGCUCGUUCAUGCAAUGCUCACCUGAGAGGCAGCAAGUGGGUUGGGGAGGUGAAUCAUGGACCACAAGCCAUGGCUUUGGAGGAAGAAAUCUGCAGAUAAAACCAAUUCAGCAGCAGCAGAAGGAGACAAAGUCAAUGUCUCAGUCAAAGGAAAUGGAGAGGAGGUAGAAGCACUUCAGGCUGAGAAGGCAGAACUGGAGAACAACCUGAAAGCUCUAAGCGAUAAGCUUGCUUCAGCUCUCUCUGAAUGUAACAGUAAAGAUGCACUUGUGAAAAAACAUGCCAAAACGGCACAGGAUGCUGUUCAAGGCUGGGAGAAGGUGGAAGCAGAUGCGGGGUUUCUGAAGCAUGAAUUAGAUAAAUCUUUCCAAGUCAGAGCAGCUGGUGAAGAAAGAAUAGCUCAAUUGGAUGGAGCCCUCAAGGACUGCAUGCAGCAGCUACGAUUUGUUCGAGAAGAGCAGGAGCAAAGGGUUCACGAGGCUAUGAUGAAGGCAUCAAGAGAAUUCGAGAAAUCCAAGAUGGCGUUGGAGGAGAAGUUAGCAGAGACUACUAGAAGGCUUUCUAAAAUCGGUGCUGAAAACACCCAUCUUAGUAACGCUCUUUUAGUGAAGGAUAAGUUGAUAGAAGAUUUAAGAAAACAAUUGACACAGGUGGAAGCUGAUUUCAAUGCACUCACGCUCAGAUUAGAAUCCACUGAGAAAGAUAAUGCUUCUUUGAAAUAUGAGGUACGGGUGCUUGAGAAAGAGCUUGAGAUCCGGAAUGAAGAGAGAGAAUUCAAUCGUCGAACCGCUGAUGCAUCACACAAGCAGAAUUUGGAGGGUGCAAAGAAAAUUGCAAAGUUAGAAUCAGAAUGUCAGAGGCUGCGGCUUCUAGUCCGGAAGCGGUUACCAGGCCCUGCUGCUUUGGCAAAAAUGAAAAAUGAAGUGGAAAUGCUAGGACGGGACUCUGUUGGCAUGGGGAGGAGAAAGUUGAAUGACUCCACAGUUGAUAACUUUCCUGAGACUCCCAGCAAAAAGGUUAACAUUUUGACUGAGCAGUUAUAUGCUAUGGAAGAAGAAAACCAGACUCUCAAGGAAGCACUCAAUAAGAAGAUAAAUGAACUCCAGUUCUCCAGAAACAUGUAUGCCCGUGUAGCUUCUAAAUUAUCGCAAUCUGAGACACCGCUUGAAGAAUCAUUAAAGGGCCAGGCAACCAUGGAGUCAAUGAGGAGUAAUCUUCUGUCACAAGAAGUCUCUGUAGCAUCUAUGUCUGAUAUUGGCAGCGAUGAUAAGGUUAGUUGUGCCGAUUCAUGGGCAUCUGCCUUGAUUACAGAACUGGAGCACUUCAGAGCUGAAAAACAAAAAGGGUCUCUGAUGAACAAAACUGUAGGAGCUUCAGACAUAAAUCUGAUGGAUGACUUUGUUGAAAUGGAAAAAUUAGCAGUCGUUUCUGCUGAUAAACAAAGUGCUGGUUCUCCUGUUUCUUCAGUCCAGGCAUUUGCGCGCCCCUUGGAAUCUGAGUAUUCCUCCGAACUUGUGGGCAGCCAGAUGGUCCCUAUUUUGGACGGUGAGUCAGGCUUCAGUUUGUCAAACAGGGAGACCAGGUUUAACAAUAUUGUCAAUGGCAAAGCUCCUCAUUGGGUUGAGGAUAUAGUGAAACUGGUGAUGGAGCACAACCGUGUUGCAGGAAGAAGCCCCGAACAGAUACUUAAAGACUUAAGAAUAGCUUUGGCAUGUACAGAAGAUCCAAAGCCUGGUGAAUUUGUUAAUGCAAGGACAAAUCGAAGCCAUCUUGAUGCAUUGAAUCCUUCCUCCGUUAAGAGCUGCACCUCAUGGAAAGGUUCAGAUAAAUCUCUAGUAAACGAUUCACCCAGAGGAGUAAGUGAUGUGGACAUCUCAAACCCACAGAAGAGUAAUCCGCAGUUCCAGCCAGAUCUGAGUAAGUCAUUAUGUAAAGUAAUUGAGCUUAUUGAAGGAAUCCACGUUCCAUCUCCAGAUUAUAACCCAGAGAAUGGAUCCAGGAAGGACGGAAACGUGUCGACAUUUAAAAACUCGGAAAACGCAGGCUACAUGGUUCGUGUUUUCCAGUGGAAAGCUUCUGAACUCGGUGAUCUUUUACAACAGUUUGUUCAUGCUUGCUAUGAUCUGUUGAAUGGAAAGGCUGGUCUCGAAAAAUUUGCCAAAGAAUUAACUGCUGCAUUGGACUGGAUUUUAAACCACUGCUUUUCACUUCAAGAUGUUUCAAGCAUGAAGGAUGCAAUUAAGAAGGAAUUUGAUUGGGAUGAUACACGAAGUGAAACCGAAGGAGAAGUUGGAGCGGUUGGUCACUUGUCAAAUGGCCAUAUUAUACAAAUAGAAGAGCUGCAGGCCAAUCUGGUAAAGGAAAACAGAAAGUUAAAGAAUGAAUUGGUGAAUUUAGAAUCUGCAAGGAGAGAGUUGGAAGGGAGACUUCAGUCGGCCAGUGAUAAGAGCGAAUACCUGAUUAACCAGCUCAAGGAAUCUGAAAAAGCUAUUGCCAGCUUGAGAACAGAGUUACAAUGUUUAAGAGAGUCAAAGGAAAUCGUUGAAGAUCAUUUUAAAAAUCACAAGAUGAUGAAUGACGAUCUUGAAACGCAGCUUACUGAGGCCAGAGUUGAAUUAAACGAAGCUCUCCAAAAGUUUUCAUCCCUAGAAGUUCAUCUGCAGAAUAAACACAACUGCUGUGCAGAGUUGGAGGCUACAUGCCUGGAACUGCAGCUUCAGCUUGAUAGUGUGAAGAAAAGCCCAAAUUCCAAUCUUAAUCAGGAGGAAAGGAAAGCCCAAAAUGAUUGGGAGAUAGCAGCUGCUUCAGAAAAGUUGGCCGAAUGCCAAGAGACAAUACUUAACCUCGGGAAGCAGUUGAAGGCAAUGGCUUCACCAAGAGAAGCAGCCCUUUUCGACAAGGUCAUCACUAAUCCUUCUGAUACAGACACCCCCACAGCCAAAGCUGCAAGCCAAACCCCACACAGGAACUCAAACCAACGAUCCUCAUUACUAGAUAAAAUGCUAGCAGAAGAUGGUGCUAGCGUCAAGGACUAUACGUCUCCAACGACAAAAGAGGUUGGCAGUAAUUCGACUUCCACGUUCGGUCCUAAUAUCCUUGUUCUAAAUAGUAAAUACCAGGAUGACAAUGCAGCUGUUGGUUCGUUAGCUAUAGUGCCCAGCAAGAAAUGGGGAGGUGGGAGCCUAUGGAGAAAGCUAGUGUGGAGAAAGAAGAAAGUUUUGUUUGUUUCACACAUGUAUUUGGAAAUAAUAAGGAUAUGACUGCUGUUGGUGAUUUGAGAGAUUGCAGAGUGCGUCCGAGAGAACCAUUUUAACAUCAAGGAAGGAUUAGCACCAUUUUACAGCUGAUCAAGCGGAGUCCAAAGUUAUUACUUUUAUUUCGGUCCGUUUAAUAACCAUUUCAUUUUUACUUUUUAGUUUUUGUUCAUUUCUUCCACUAGCCUUCACUUUUCUUCAUUUCUCCCUUCUCCCACAUACCAUUCCUCUAUCUAUAAUAUACAAAAAUUAAAAACAAAA